ACAAUUGACAAGUGACGUUUCAGCGCGUCAACAAAGAACUAACCUCAAAGCGCGCCGGUUAGCGUUGUUGAACGUUUUGUUAUUUUUGAGUUAUUUAAGUACAAAUCGCCACCAUGUCGACGGCGAUGCCCAUUAACCCCAAACCCUUCCUCAAUAGCCUUACUGGUAAGGCUGUGAUGGUGAAAUUAAAGUGGGGGCACGAGUAUAAAGGUUACCUUGUAUCCGUCGAUGGUUACAUGAAUUUACAAUUAGCCAAUACUGAAGAGUAUAUCGAGGGUAGCAUGACUGGUAAUUUAGGAGAAGUCCUCAUUAGGUGUAACAACGUGCUUUUUAUACGAGGCGCUGAAGAAGAAGAUGAAGAAGGUGAAACUAAAGAUUAGGAAUUUGGAAUUAAUUUUAAGUUUUGUAUUUAUGAGAAUAAGGUUUAUGUAGGUAAAUUACAAAGAUCAAUUAGUUUCUAAAUUUUGUAUAAAGGUAGUUCAAUUUCGAAUGAAAACAAAAAUGAGGGUGUAAUUUUUCUUCCACAACUCUACUGACUGGUGAAGAUUUUCAUGUUUGUUAGAGUGGAAUGCGUCGAUUUAAUUUUUAACGUCUAAAACAUAGAAUCGUCUAAAAUCUAAUAUGUCGCUUGUCUGUGUGUAUAAAGUGUUGCAUACAUAUUUUUUCCAAUAAAAAUGAAACUAAAACUUUGAAA